CGACGACUGAAAGACUCAAAGAACCGGUGGCAGGUCUGACAGACGGGGGUUACAUGCCAAAUUAACUGGGUAUAACGAGCUUGACAGUCCAAGCCCCUUUCUCUGACCAACUUGGGCUCAAAUUUGCUUGUGCCGCAAACGUCGAGGAGUGAGACAUUGCAAGUGCCUGUCCCUGUGAGACGCGCGGCGGAGAGGACGACAGGGUUUUGGGCCCUGCGCUUUGCCCUGUCUGGGCAUUGUGCAUUUGUGAGAUGUGCUUGACUUUGGAAUGCUAAGAUAGCCAGUGGUCAAAACGCCGCCACCACGGUCAGGCCUAGCGAUAGCAGCUGAGCUCAACGCACACAGCGCUCGCCCCACAACAUGGCUGGACUGGUGAUGCAGCAUGUCAAGGCACCUGUGCCACAAACAUGGCCACGCUGGCAGCAAACAAUACACUGGUUACAAGGCUGGAUCAAGCGAUUUCGACCUGCAGGCCAGCAAGAGCUGGAGCAGUUGCGGCGCAUUGAGUUGGCGCGCGAGAUUCUGGCGUGUCCAUUGCUCCUAGAGCACGAUGCCCUCUUCAUCCUCGAUCAGUAUGAUGUGCAAGCUCUGGAACGCCAGGCUACAUGGCAAGCCUUGCGCUGGCAAUUAAUCUUCGGGACGGCUACCUCCUGCUGGCUCGCCUGGCAUCUAGCCAAAAUGUUUGACCUAUCGGGUCUGGUAGAUCGCGCCACUACGGUGGUGAUUGCAGCGCUAUGCCCCUCUUGGAUGCGCGAGGCGUUUUGGCAGUUUCAGAGCACCACCCAGAGCAUGCAGAUGACCGUCCAAGAAACUGUUCAAGAGAGUGAUCUCCUUGGCUUUGUCGCAGAGUUUUUUGAGGAUGAAACUGAUGCCAGCCCCAUGCUGUCCAUUUCUUGGAAGGACGCUUGUAUGGGCUUGAUCUCCAUGGCCUCGACCGCAUACUUGACAGCCUCAGCUGCGCAUUGGAACUUUUGGCGAAAGCACUAUCACCAGGUCACAAAGAGCCUCACCAGCAUCGAAGCACAGGAAGCGCGCUUGUCCGAGAGUCUCAGCCUGAUACGACGUUUGGAAGUCAUGGCACAGCGGUGGGGAACAGGCUUGCCCACCAACGUUGAGUCCAGGCACGAGAUUGCCCGGCCCUUGCGCAUUGCCAUCGAUUUUGCGGGUAGCGAAGGAUUGUUGGCUGUGCAGGAGAAUCUCGUGCAGGCACCUGGACACAAGAGUUUUGGAGCCCGGCCGCCGCCGCGCUCGCUGCACGAGCGCGCGAAACGAAUCAAUGGUCACUGGACCACCUGCAACGCCGCCAGCGCCUCAGCAUUACAAUGUCUCGAAAUUAUGCGCACGUCUUCGCAACGGACGAUUGAAGCAUUGCCUCCACCGGCACAAGGUGCCUUUGCCACCGGAGCAGCCAGCCUCUUUGAUGUUGAUGCCACACGCCGACAUGUAGAUGUUUCCCUGCGCCAUGAGGCCCAGGCUUUGUAUGAUGAGCUGUUGGCAUGGUCGUCAGAGUCUUCUGCCUGUGUGCGCUUGGCAUUCGCUCGUGCUCAACAAGAGCGACUCGAAUUACUCGCAUCGCAGCUUAGCACGGCCAGUGAUGUGCUGCGCGCGUGCGGGGUCUGGGUUCGCACAAACCUUAGUGCACCUGCCACUGAUCAAGCAAACGCAUCUGACACGGUCGACACCGCCGCCAUGACUGCAUUGGAGGAUGUGCCUGUAUACGGGGAGAUGGAUGCUGAACCAGAAGAUGUCCUGCAACAGCGAGCACAGCCUGCUGCAACCUUUACCGCUACCUUGGCGCCAGAAGUGGACAGUGCAGAUGAAGAGGAUUUACCAGACGAGGAACGCAAGCGCCGAUGGAAAAUUCAGCUGCAGCAGCGCAAAGCUGAGCUGGCCCGAUCCAAGCGUGCUGAAGAAACAGCGCGUGCCCAGGCAGCCAAGGCUAAGGUUAUGUUGCAUGAAUUGCAGACCGCCAUCUCGACUAUCCGGCGGUAA